AUGUCUCAGGCUGCAAAGAAGAGGCUUGUAGUUGCUGGCGGGAAUGGCUUCCUCGGAUCUCGCAUAUGCAAGUCCGCAGUUGCUCGCGGUUGGGACGUGACGUCCAUAAGCCGUUCCGGGGAGCCAAAGUGGUCCUCGGUGACCUCAGAACCCUCACCUCCCUCUUGGUCAGAAUCCGUCACCUGGGCUAAAGGUGACAUCCUCAAGCCUGCGACUUACACUUCGCACCUGAAAGGAGCCGACGCCGUCGUCCAUACUAUGGGCAUUCUGCUCGAAGCAGACUACAAGGGUGUCAUUUCCGGGAAAGAGAGUGUCUUCUCCGGCCUCUCAAGAGCCUUCAGUUCCUCCAAAGCCGGCAGCACGAGUAAUCCUCUCGAACGCAAGCCCGGAGCUGAGCUCGGCAAGGGCGAAAAAGACGGCCAGAUCACAUACGAGUUGAUGAACAGAGAUUCUGCGAUUGCUCUAGCUCAAGAGGCGGAAAGAGAAGGCGCAAGCACCUUCGUGUAUAUCUCCGCCGCCGCAGGCGCGCCUAUGCUUCCAACUAGGUACAUCACCACCAAACGAGAAGCGGAGAACACGAUCGCUAGCAAUAUGAUCAAGUUGAGGAACAUCUUCAUACGGCCAGGCUUCUUGUACGACAGUAGCCGGAAAUUCACGCUCCCGAUAGCUGCCUCCGGCAUGGUGGGAAGUACUGUCAACAGUCUAGUUGGCGGCAACCUUACUAGGAUAUUUGGUGCGGCUGUGGAAAAGCCGCUCAAAGCGGAUCUGGUGGCUGAUGCUGUUGUUGAAUCCAUAGCCGACGAAUCGACCAGAGGCGUUGUCGACACUCCGUUGAUAGAAGCACUGGCUGCGAAGGCCUGGCGCCGUACUAUGUUGUAA